AUGUACUUCAAGUACGCAGCUGCAGCUCUGACUGCUGUGAUUCCUCUAUGUUCUGCACAGACAUACUCCCAGUGCAAUCCUCUUCAAAAGUCCUGUCCACCCAACAAGGGUCUUACCCAAUCCAGCUACACUGCCGAUUUCACUAAAGACUUGGGUGACUGGGUAGUCACUGCCGGUAGCGUCCCCGUUGGUCCCCAGGGUGCUGAAUUCACCGUCGCGAAGAGGGGCGAUGCGCCGACCAUCGACACCAGCUUCUACUUCUUCUUCGGCAAGGCCGAGGUGGUGAUGAAGGCCGCGCCGGGGACUGGCAUCGUGAGCAGCAUCGUGCUGGAGUCGGACGAUCUGGAUGAGAUCGACUGGGAAGCAUUGGGUGGAGAUACCACUCAGAUUCAGACCAACUACUUCGGCAAAGGCGACACCACAACCUACGACCGGGGCACCUACCAGGCCGUGAACGCGCCCCAGGACAUCUUCCACACCUACACCGUCGACUGGACCAAGGACUACAUCACGUGGGCCAUCGAUGGCGCCGUCGUGCGCACCCUUAACUUCAACGACGCCAAGGGCGGCACCCGCUUCCCCCAGACCCCCAUGCGCCUGCGCCUCGGCUCGUGGGCCGGCGGUGACCCGGGUAACGCCCCCGGCACCAUCCAGUGGGCCGGUGGUGAAACCGACUACAGCAAGGGUCCCUUCACCAUGUACGUCAAGUCGGUGAACAUCCAGAACAGCAACCCCGCCGAGUCCUACACCUACGCCGACAACAGCGGCUCGUGGCAGAGCAUCAAGCUCAGCGGUGCUGCGGCCCCGCAGCCGAAUCCCCCCACCCCCAACCCGCCCGCCCCUACCACCACCCCAUCUGCACCUGCUCCCUCCACCACUACUUCCGCCUCUUCUUCCUCCAAACCCGAAGAUACUACAACCGCUACCCCCCAGCCGCUAUCCACCACCCUGGCGACUACCACCCAGGCGACCACCACCCAGGCCUCCUCCACCGGCUCGGAUUCCACCCCCACCGAGUCGAGCCCCAGCUCCCCCAGCUCGAGCUCGACUUCGAACCCUAGCCCCAGCGCCGGCUCCGGCUCCGGCUCCGGCUCCUCUGGCUCUGGCUCCGGCUCCUCUGGCUCUGGCUCCGGCUCCUCUGGCUCUGGCUCCGGCUCCUCUGGCUCUGGCUCCGGCAGCAGCAGCAACGGUAGCUCCUCCACCCCCACCUCAGGCUCCACCUCAGGCUCCACCUCAGGCUCCACCUCAGGCUCCACCUCAGGCUCCUCCUCGGGCUCGCCCUCCGCCUCCAACUCCGGCGCCGCGCCCACCGUCUCCCUGUUCCCCGGCGCGGCCGCGUCGCUCAAGGGCUCGUAUACGGGCUCUCUCCUGGCCGUGGGUGCAGUGGCUGCCGUCCUGGCGUUUUGA